AUGUCCGCCCAAAAGUGGAAUGUCGAUUUGCCAAGUGAGGCUGUGGCAAUUCUGGAACGUUCACACGCCAAAUUUGGACCAUGGGGGUCGUGGGACCAGGUUCAUUCUCCGUCGAACUCAGAAGCUUCCGACAGGGAGAGAGGCAAGAGACAGCGGUCAGAAAACUCUCAAAGCUUGGACAUGUCCACUAAGAACAACAGCUUGUCUAAUCUGAGUAUACCGCAGCUUUCUGCAUUAGGUGGUAUGGAGAGUUUAGUUGAGGCAAGUCAAGAUUGGUGGCUGAAGGACCAAAAUGCUUUGGCAUUGGGAUUAGACAACUGGGACGAAAGUUGGGAUAAUGCUCCUGGACCAGUUUGUACUAGCAUGGGCUUUGAAGCCAGUGUACCAGCAGUUGCUCUCGGAAGCAGUAACGGACAAAUCAUUGGGAGUAAUAGCCACAACCUGGGAGCCGACCAGCUGUCAAAUGCGAACGACGGCAUGGGAAUCAAUAUGCCGUUAACGUUACCAGGCUUCGACGCUGAAUAUACCGAUGAAAGCGGGCUGUCGCAGACGAGAACCAGUCUGGAUCAAGAUAACCCACAGCCGGAGCAAACAUCGACGACGAAUGCCGGAUCUGGAACUCUUGGUCAAAUAUAUUACUAG